AUGUCAACAACAAUCUCUGUUGAAAGACGUCAAGUACUUCAUAAACUCAUCAAGGAACAACAUUUAGAAACACUAAGUGAUGAAAUUCAAAGAGACAAAUCCAAAAUAACAGAAAACUUUAAUGUUGAUGAAUUGUAUGCAUUAGAUAACAAUGGUAAAACACUUUUAAUGACUGCAACUGAGGAAGGAAACAUUCAAAUGAUUAGAUUACUACACAAACAAUUCAAUGCUAGUUUAAAUUAUUUGGACAAGAAUCAACAAUCUUGUGUUUUUUAUUGUGUAGAGAUGAAGAAUUAUCACAAAUCUGAAACUAUUUUAGAAUAUUUGUUAUCCAAUCAAGCCAAUGCCAAUAUUGUGAAUAGUUGUGGUUAUUCACCAUUCUACAUUGCCCUGAAGAAUAAUAAUCUUCCAGCUGCCUACCUAUUAUAUGCCGAAGGAAAUGCCAAUAUUAAUCAAAUUAUUGAUAAGGACAAUAAUACAGCAAUUCAUGAGGCUGUUAAGAGUGGUAAUAUUGCAAGUGUUGUCUUUCUCGUUACUCAAUGUGGUGCCGAUUUGUUAAAAACAAAUACAAGGGGUGAAAUUCCAUUCUUCUUAGCACUUCAAUAUCCAAGAAUGAUUAAUCAAGUAUUGAAAUCAUUGAGUCCAAGUGGAAAGGAACCAAAGAGAACACUCAUUAAUAGCAGUAGUGCUAAUAAGAGAGCUAGUUUCGAUGCUGUUGAAUAUGUGAAUACUUUGGUGAGAUUUAAGAAUCCAGAAAAACAAAAUAUUCUUCACAAAUGUGCAUCAAUGGGAUAUAUUCAUUCAUUGGGUGAAUUAUUAACACAUUUAUCUGAACAGAAUAUUAGUGAAAUGACUUGUGAAAGAGAUCAAAAUGGAAACACUCCACUUCACUUGUCAGUUAUUAAUAAUUAUCCUGAAAUUUGUUUCUCAUUGAAUCAAUUGAAACCAAGUGAUUGUUUAAUUCAAAAUAAUGAUGGUGAUACUCCAAUGCACAUUGCUUUAAAAUCAUCUGCUUACAAAUGUGCUCGUAUCUUGUACAAUAAUUCUAAAGCAUGUACCAAGGUAAAUAAUAAGGACGAAACUAUUCAAUUCCUCCUUCAACAAUUCAAACAUGAAUUGAAACAAGAAGAUGACAUUUCCAAAACUCUAUUACAAAUUGAUUUGACCAAUCCAGAAAAUUACAGAUUCCACAAACUCAUCACUGAUCAUACCUUUGUUUCCAAGAUGAAAGAUUUCCUUAGUUUAAAUAAUAAUCAAGAUAUGAUGUUAUUCUAUGAAACAGUUCAAGAAUUUAAAAUGAUAAAUUCACACUCUGAAAGAUAUCAUCAGGCUGAACAAAUUGUUGAACAUUUCAUUUCAGAAGAUUCUCAACACAAACUCAAAUUCCUAAAGAAUGCAUUCGGUCCAUUCCGUGUUAAAUUCAAUGAAUGUUCAGCUGAUCAUUGUCCAAAGGAUUUAUUCUUGAAUUUGGAAACUUUGGCCAUUCGUUCACUUAAAGUUGAUUCAUUUCCAAAGUUUAUUCAUAGUAAACUUUUUACAAAAUAUCUUGAAAGAAAGAAGCAAACUGAUCCAACAUUCCUUGUCAGAUUUAUUAAAUCUGAAUUAACUUCUGACAAGUCAUCAGAUGACACUUCAGAUCAAGGUGGUUCAACAAGAGGAACUCAUCAUUCAACAACAACUGGUGGUAGUACAAAUAAUACAGGAUCAACUUCAAGUGAUAAGGAUAGAUCAAGUGAUAGUGAUGAAAUUAUUGAACUUGAAGAUGAUUGUGAUGUUAAGGAACAUGUUAAAUUCUGUCCAAAAUGUGGUACUGAACUUAUCAAUUUGGAAAAUUAUGUCUAUACUGAUAAGGAAUUUAAAAAGAUUAUUGAAAAUCUCAAAGAUAUGAAUCAGUGGAGAGUUAUUCAUGAUUCAGAUACUGGACGUACCUACAGUUCACCACCAGAACUUCACAAUCACUUGAGUAAUUCACGUCGUCACACUCAAAUCAAAUAUGUUGGUGAAAUGGAGUGCAGUUCUCAUUCACUUUUCAAUAUGUGGAUUGAUCCAGAUUAUAUUCAAUCAAGAGAAGAAAGAUUAGAAAGUUGUAAACAAAUUGAUUUUAUCAAAUCUGGAAAUUAUGCAACUGUCAUUCAUCAUGAAAUUUUGAAAAUGAAAUUCCCACAAAAGAAUAGAGAAUUCGUUCAUGCAUUCUGUUGUAAAUUUGAUGAAGAUGAACAACGUUAUUUAUGUGUUUCUCGUUCAGUCAACCAUCCAAAAGCUCCUGAAUGUUCUAAAUUUGUAAGAGGUGAAGUUAAAACUGCAUUCAUGGUAGAAAGAGUUUCAGAUAUCAAGUGUAGAUAUUACUAUGCUGUAACUGCUGAUUUUGGUGGUUGGUUAUCUGCUGAUUUUUAUGCAAAUAUGGUUAAAGGUCAAAGUGAAAAAAUUCAUCACGGUUUAAUUAAAUUAGUGAAACAGAGAGAACAAUUGGGAAAGAAGAGACCUGAAAAGGGUGGUUUAGUUCAAUCUUUAGAUUAUUACCUUUCAAAGAAGGAUUAAAUUAUAUACUAUUAUUAUUAUUAAAUUAUUAUUAUUAUU